UUUUUUUUCCCCUAAAACCCUUAAAAUUUGCGUCAUUUUAUUAAUUUCACCUUAUUAAAGAUGAUAGAAAAUAGUACAAAUGACAUAUUUCAAGCCCUAUAAAAUCUGUAAAAUCCAGGAGCUUCGCCCCCGGCCCUGGGCCCCCACCAGGGCUUCGCCCUGGACCCACUGGGGGCCUCAAUGCGGCCCCCAGACCCCCUGCCUCAUAAAGUGCCCCCCACCGCAAUUCCUGGAUCCGCCCAUGCUCUAAACUAUCAGUGAAAUUCAAAAGGAAUGAAAGUUACAUGUAGAUCUAAAUUGAAAUACUGUGAAUAGACGAAAUAUGCUCAUGAGAGGCUAGUCUGGUCUCCGCCCCGCUACUCAUUGAUCACUCGUGAUAGGGUCCCCCAAUCGCUAAUGAUAAGGAGUGGAGGGGGAAAGGAAAUCGCAAGUUUUCGGGUCUUUCUAGCAAGCUCGGAUGUAAUAGAUCUAUUAUGUUCACCGGAUGUACAAAUUUUGAACAAAUUGGAUGCUACCAACUAAUUAGUAAUCAUUAACAUGGUUAAAAAUUAAGUGUAGGGAGAUCUCAUCGUAACUGUAAAUAUCAAUCUUAAAAAAAGAUAAUGGUUGUAUUUUAAUUCGAUAAGGGGGGGGGGUUAAAUCUUAAUAUCUUUUAUUCUUAAACGAGGUUGUUUUUCCGCAUGUUGGAAAGACCAAAGGAGUUGCGAAUGGAAAUUAUGAAUCACAUUUUUCUAACUUUAAAACGUGCGUUUUGAUUAGCUGUGUCAGAUAUGAGUGAACCAAUGAAUAAUAGCUUCUCAACAGGACUUGAGGGGCAUCGUGAAAAAUAGUUCGUACGCGCAUAAAAAUAUAUCUGUUAUAUAACAAUGAAAAAAUACAGAAAGAAGUACUUUGUAAUGUUAUAGAAUAUAAAAUAUUAUUUGUACUUAAAGUUUUUUAUCAUUUAAAAUGAUAGUUCACAGUUGAAAAAUAAACAAAUAUUUUAUCGCGGAAUGUCUUUUAGUUUUACAUUGUUGUUCGUCUCCAUCAUGUCGGAUAAUUACCCUGAGACUUCCGAAAUUCCCUAAAUGUAUAAAAAUGGAUAAAUUGCAUCGUGUAUUUGUAAUGUGACAGAAUCAUAACUAUGAAUAUAUGAUACUGAUUAACUAUGGGGAACUGUUUAUGCCCAGAUAACUCUAAUCUCAACAAUUCGGCCGCUCAGCCUGCCUUGCAUGCCCAGCCUCCUCAACUUAAACAGGCUGAACCAAAUGGAGCAAUCGUUUCUCCGAGUCAAGUAACAAUAACGACACCACCACAGCCGGCCAGCCCCGUGAUAAAUCCAUUGGCAGUUCCUCCACAGCCCGGCCCGGUACCAGAGUCUACCCCCACCACUGUCAAAACAUUUGUGGCUCUGUAUGACUAUGAUGCUAGGACUGACGAAGAUCUCAGUUUUCGUAAAGGGGAACAUUUGGAGAUCAUUAAUGACACUCAGGGUGACUGGUGGCUUGCUAGGUCAAGGGCAACUAAAAAUGAGGGCUAUAUUCCAUCCAACUAUGUAGCCAAACUGAAGAGCUUAGAAUCGGAACCGUGGUAUUUUGGAAAAAUUAAGCGAGUAGAAGCUGAGAAGAAAUUGCUAUCCCCAGAGAAUGAACAUGGAGCUUUUUUGAUUAGGGACAGCGAGAGCAGGCGCAAUGACUAUUCUUUGUCAGUUCGAGAUGGAGACACAGUGAAGCAUUACAGAAUUCGACAGUUGGAUGAGGGAGGGUUUUUCAUCGCACGACGGGUGACCUUCCGCACCCUAUCAGAGUUGGUAGACCAUUACAACCUGGAGGCAGAUGGACUGUGUGUCAACCUCCGCAAACCAUGUACUCAGAUAGAGAAGCCCCAGACCAUUGGAUUAUCCUACAACACCAAAGAUCAGUGGGAAAUUCCCAAGUCCUCCCUCAAACUGCUUAGGAACAUUGGGCAUGGUCAGUUUGGGGAGGUUUGGGAGGGUCUGUGGAACAGCACCACCCCUGUGGCUAUCAAGACUCUCAAACCAGGUACUAUGGAUCCCAAAGAUUUCUUGGCUGAGGCUCAGAUAAUGAAGAAACUGAGACAUCCGAAGCUUAUACAACUGUACGCAGUGUGUACUCAGGAUGAACCAAUCUACAUCAUCACAGAACUAAUGCGGCAUGGAAGCUUACUGGAAUACUUACAGGGUAAAGGUAGAACUCUGAAGCUGCCUCAGCUGAUUGAUGUGGCUGCACAGAUUGCUAGUGGUAUGGCUUAUCUGGAAUCACAGAACUACAUCCACAGGGACCUGGCAGCUCGUAAUAUACUAGUGUCGGACAAUAACACAGUCAAAAUAGCCGACUUUGGAUUAGCCAGAGUAAUUAAGGAGGAUGAGUAUGAAGCCCGGGUAGGAGCCAGGUUCCCCAUUAAGUGGACAGCACCAGAAGCUGCCAAUUACAACAGGUUUACCAUCAAGUCUGAUGUCUGGUCAUUUGGAAUCCUACUUACAGAAAUCGUCACAUAUGGAAGGAUACCAUAUCCAGGUAUGACAAAUGCUGAAGUCUUGCAUCAAGUGGAACAUGGAUACAGAAUGCCCUGUCCCCCAAACUGUCCCAAGCCCCUGUAUGACAUCAUGUUAGAGUGUUGGAGGAAGGAGGAGAUGGAGAGACCAACGUUUGAGACCCUGCAGUGGAAGCUGGAGGAGUUCUUUACCAUGGAGGGAACAGAUUACAAGGAGGCAUCCAGUGUUAGAUAAAAAAAAAAGAAGUCCCACUGUUAGGAUAACAGGAAUCUGUUGUAUGACAUUGUUCUGUGCUCACUGUGAUUGCACUGUCGCCUCCAAUGGUGAACCAUAUCGAAACCGCACAGAGAAGAAUGUGUCACUGUAUAAUCUGCUCAUUAGCUUUUAAUUAGUGCAAUCAAUGAAGUGUAGCUUUUGUCCACUUUGUAGUUUUAAUUUUAAAGCUGCUUCAGAGUGGUGUCUUUAAAGAACCUUCUCUUAUCUAGUCAAAUAAAUUCGGGUUUGGAACAAAAUCUGUGUUUUAAGAACAGAGGGUAGUGACGAACUGCAGUUCAUAGGUGACUGAUAGGGACAUGGGGCAUAUUGCAGAUAUUUCAGAACUCAGAAGUUUUACUGAGCUUUUUCUGAAUGACCUAAAAUAUCAUUUAUUGCGCACAUAAAUUUACAUUUUUUUUUUUCAAUGGAAAGGCCUGAAUAAAUUUGUACAUUGUGACGGGCAUGUCAAAAUUGUAAGCAUGUAUUUAAUGUUGUCAUUUUUUUUUUUUUUAUUAUUGUACUUGUUUAUUUGCUUUAUGUAACUAACAGAUAAGUUUUAGGUUGUGAGAAUUUUAAGAACUUUUUUUUAAUACAAGGUUGUAUGUAAACUUACUUUAUGAACAAGAAAUGGUGCCAAAGAGUUGUAAUAUUUACCAGCUAAACAAAUUAUAAAAAAAACACAGAAUUCAUCCUGGUCAUAUAGGGGGAACAACUCCAGCGACAGUAAUUAUAACUCUUCAGAGAUGGUUAUGAAUGGAAGUGUUAUUUUCUAUCGUUUUUGUCAAUACCAGUAUUACCAUAUUCAAAAAGAAUUUUGCAUUGGAAUUGUGAUGUAACUGAAUUGUAUUCUCUUGGUAAUCAUCCAAAUUAUGAUGUGCAGAAUUCCAUGUGUGAUGUAAUAAGAUUCUCUAUUAUUCAUACACAUAUUUAGGUAAAGACAGGUGUUUUGGACAAAGUGAAGUUUGUAAUUUUCAAUUAUCUUUUCAUUUACAGGAGUAUUUAUCAGAUUUGCAUGAUGAAAUGUAAUGUAUUAUACAAGAUGAUAAAGUUAUCCUCAUCAAAUAUUUUCAUUCAUAUUUAAUAAAUGAUUGGUGCAUAAUACACGUACAAUGUAUAUUAAUUGUGAUUAAAUAUGCAGGAACCGUAAAGCUGCAAUAGGUGACUGAAAAUCCUCAUUGUUCAUACCUCUGACUGUAAAACAACUCAUUGGAUGCACUAUGUUGUAUCUCCACGGUUGUUUUAGAACAUGUACUUACACAUAUGUACACAUGUAAUCUGUUGUAUUUUGGAAAGCAGGUUGUAUUCUUGUGAUUUUAUUCACUUUUCGUUUUUUUCUCUCUUGUUACCACUGCAUCCUUAGUUUGAAAUAGGCCAGCUGUCUAUGUAAAAGGAAUUUGCAAAGGACCAUUUAUCUCCCCGUUCUGCCUCUUAAUACAUCAGUGCUCUGUAGUGUGUCAUUCUUGUCAUUACUAAUUGUCAUGUAAAAUAUAUAUUGUCAUCAAAUAAAAAAUUGCAAAUAAA